ACUCUAUCCUCAACAUUUUCUUCCCGCGUUUCAACUUGUUCAUCCCAUGGCGACGAUAGGAAUCUACAAACCAUCUCCAAAUGACCUAAAUCCCAUUUCACGUUCAUAUCUAUCGAACCCUAAAUUUCAAUUUCAAACAAACAAGAAACAGAAGAGAAUCAACUACAAGAUAAACAAUAACAGAACAACAAUUUAUGCUAUCCAUAACAGUAAAUUAAGCAAAGAAAACAAAAAAGAUUCCAAAGAGGAGAAAAAACUAGGGUUUGUAGAUUAUGACGAAGGGAAGCAUCAAAAAAUUUCAAUUCAAGUUACUGGUUUCAGAAAAGAUGAUAUUCAGAAACGUUAUAGGUUACGAGUCGAUGGUGACCCAUCACAGAAGGAUUGGACUAUUUCUGAAGUGGUGGAAAAAAUUCUUAAGCUCAAACAUUGGGAUGAUAUUGAUGGAAAAGUUCUUAAUCGCUGGGCUGGUCGAUUUGCUAGAAAAAAUUACCCUCUACUCAUUCAGGAGAUAACAAAACGUGGUGCUAUUGAACAUAGCGUUGAAGUUUUCCGGUGGAUGAAAAAUCAAAAAACUUAUUGUGCUCGAAAUGAUAUCUACAAUAUGAUGAUUAGGUUAUACGGAAGACAUAAUCACAUAGAUCAAGCUCGCGGCUUGUUUUUCGAAAUGCAAGAGUGGAGGUGCAAGCCAGAUAUUGAAACCUACAACGCGCUCAUUAACGCACAUGGUCGAGCUGGUCAGUGGAGGUGGGCUAUGAACAUCAUGGAUGACAUGCUUCGUUCAUCUAUUGCUCCUAGCCGGUCCACGUACAACAAUCUAAUUAAUGCUUGUGGAUCCAGCGGACAAUGGCAAGAGGCGUUAAAAGUUUGCAAGAAAAUGACAGACAACGGAGUUGGGCCUGAUUUAGUUACUCAUAACAUUGUGUUAACUGCGUACAAAAGUGGGGGUCAGUGCUCGAAAGCUUUGUCCUAUUUUGACCUAAUGGAAGGAACAAACAUCCGUCCUGACACGACUACUUUUAACAUAGUCAUUCAUUGCUUGGUAAAACUUGAGGAAUAUGAGCGAGCUGUGGAAAUAUUUAAUGGAAUGAGGGAAAAAAGAGCAGAAUGCCACCCUGACACUGUGACAUACACUACUAUACUCUGUGCUUAUUCUGCUUGUGGACAGAUUGAAAACUGCAAGGCCAUUUUUGCUAUGAUGCUUGCUGAAGGCUUUAAUCCCAGUAUUGUAUCAUAUAAUGCACUUAUUGGUUCAUAUGCUUCACAAGGAAUGGAUAAAGAGGCUUUAUCAGUUUUUAAUGGUCUUAAACGGAUUGGAGUUAAACCUGAUGUUGUAUCAUAUACAUCUUUACUAAAUGCGUAUGGUAGAUCAGGUCAGCCUGAAAAGGCAAGAGAAAUAUUGGAGAUGAUGAAAAGAAACUCACUGAAACCAAAUUUAGUUAGCUACAAUGCACUGAUCGAUGCUUAUGGAUCUGAAGGAUUGUUAACUGAAGCUGUGGAAGUCUUGCGUGAAAUGGAAGGAGACGGAAUCCAGCCAAAUGUCGUUACAAUAUGCACCCUCUUGGCUGCUUGUGGCCGUUGUGGUCAAAUGGUGAGAGUUGAUACUGUGCUUUCAGCAGCCAAAUCUCGUGGAAUCGAAUUGAACACAACUGCGUAUAAUUCUGCUAUUGGGAGCUACUUGAGCAUGGAGGAGCAUGAGAAAGCUUUAACCUUAUACAAGGCUAUGAGAAUAAAGAAAGUCAAACCUGAUUCUAUUACUUGCAAUAUACUAAUGAGUGGUUUUUGUAAAAUUGGAAAGUAUAGUGAAUCACUUGAGUUUCUUCAAGAGAUGAAGGAUUUGAAAAUUCCUUUUUCUAAGGAGGUUUACUCAUCUGCAAUCUGUGCUUACAGCAAACAGGGCCAGCUAAGUGAAGCAGAAUAUAUGUUUUCUGAGAUGAAGAUGAGUGACUGUUGUCCUGAUGCUAUAGCAUAUACUACCAUGAUACAUGCAUAUGAUGCAGCAGGGAACUGGGAGAAGGCUUGUGACUUGUUCGCAGAUAUGGAAAUAAAUGAAAUUGAACCAGAUUCUAUUGCCUGCUCGUCUCUUAUGAGAGCUUUCAAUAAAGGAUGCCAGCCAACCCAGGUUGUCCGUAUAGCACAGUUGAUGAGGGAGAAAGCAAUUCCAUUUAGUGAAGCUACCUUCUUUGAAAUUAUAUCAGCAUGCAGCAUGCUACGAGAUUGGAGAUCAACAAUGAGCUUGAUUGAGAUGAUGGAGCCUUCAUUUUCUCGAGUUUCAAUUGGACUUCUAAAUCAACUUCUCUAUUUUAUAGGGAAAAGUGGAAAGGUUGAGACGAUGAUGAAGCUGUUCCACAAGAUAGUGGCAUCGGGUGCUGAGAUCAACUUUGGCACUUACUCAGUUUUGCUGAAAAAUCUUUUGGCUGUCGGAAAAUGGAGGAAAUAUAGAGGUAUUGCAGUGGAUGGAGGAUGCAGGAAUACAACCCUCACUUGGAAUGUACCGCAGUAUUUAUCCUUAUGCAUUGAAAGAGAGUGAAGAGUACUCUGCACUCAUCCAGGAAAGAAUAGGAUCCUUGAAAAGGAAAGUUAAUCAAGGGGAUUCUGACUGUGACACACAUGUUCACCAAGCUGCCUCCUUUGAUGAGUGAUGGAACAAAAUCAGGAAUCGAUUGGUUGAAGAUUUGGGGAAGAACUCAAUGUUACUUGUAACAGCUUGGGAUAGAAGAUUCAAGCUUCUAAGUCUGAGUUCUACCGACGAGAUGACUCCACGAUAAAAUGGGAGCAUCACUUGUACAGUAACUCCAACAUGAGUUUAUAUCUUCUAAUAAAAGACUAUUCAAGUUGGCAAAAAGUUUUCUGCAGAAAUUGACCUAUAUUGACUCUCUUACAGGUCUGCUGAUAAAAUGUUGAGUUCAUGGUGGCAUGUAAUAGCCACAAUGCCGAAAAAACUACUACUGAUGAUAGUCAGAGUUGAAAGAGGGACUGGCAAAUGAAAGCUUAACACCGUUGAGGUCUCGAACCCAAGUCCUCUUAACCUCUUGAAGAAUAUUUCUGACGCAUCCUGUUCAUAAGGGUGGGAACCCAAUCUCGGAACGUCAUGAAAGGACAAAAUCACGUUAGGGGUGGGCUAUUUUCUAGAAGAUUUUGCCCAGAACUUGAUUAAAUUGAAGACUCACCCAAAAUUUACACUAGCAACACUUUCCUGCAAGUAAUUACAACUCUGUAACUUAGUAACUGGGUAUUUCUGAGUGCUGGUUUUGUUGUGCCGAGAGGUUCUUAUUGUUCCUCAAGGCUUCACAGGAUCAGGCAUCAGAAACGAAAACUAGAACAUUCAACGGAAGCUAAUGCACAUAGAACACACAAGACAAGCAGAUUUACGUGGUUCGGCAAUGGCCUACAUCCACGGGCACCAGAAAUUCACUUCAUUCAUAUAUAAGAG